UUUCCAUUGAAGAAAUCUCUUUUUUCUCUAUGGUUUUUAUAGAGCAGUAGAGCUAUUUUGUAUCGUUGCUCGCUUGCUUGUUGCGUUGUGAUUUUCGGUAGUUUUUCGCUAAUAAAACGAGUAAAACUAUUCUACGUUUUGCAGACAUAAUCAAUCAAUUCGAAAAAGUACGUUUUGUGUAUAAGAUGUACCGGAUUCUGUUGUAUUAAGUAAACAUAAUGGUGGGAAGUGAACUCACAAUCUCUUAAAUUGUGGACUAAUUUUGUUGUGAACGUAAAACUAAAGAUUAUUAGAAAUGGUGUCAUCUAAAACCUUUCUAUUUUAUACAUUUUGAACAUAAAAAUAUAAGUGCACGAAUCAGCAAGAUGACUGACCAGGAAGUAUUUUCGUUAUACGACAGUUGUCCUGAUUCUUUGUUCGACAUAUGUUUGAAUUACAUUGUCGAAAAUCUAAAUACGAUUACAAAAUUAGAUCCCCCUAACAAAUAUCGUAAACUCAAAGACGACGUUGUUCUACCUGCUGAAAUCUGUGAGAAAUUCCUAAGGGCUUAUCAAAGAAACAGCCGUGUCAGUGAUAGCAUAGCAAAUCUUUUCCGCGAUCGCACGCGAACGAGAUUGGAUUCCGUAAAACUGCGGAAUUCUCGUAUUACAGAUGAAGGUCUUCUGUAUUUCAUGGCCCAUAAGCCAUACGAAGUAGACUUAGUGCAGUGCGAAUAUUUGUCCACUGCUUCCUUAGAUAUUAUUAAUAGCAAGAGUGAAAAUCUAGUCUCUCUGAAGUUUGGGCCUUCUACAUCUGUCAUUCCUCAAGACGAAAGGUUAUUUAGACAAAGGGGAUAUGUGAUCAAUGCUCCUAAUUUACGACGGCUCACAAUUCAACGCCGUGGUGGGGCUAUAUUCCCAUUGCUACUCCUCAAGCCUCUUACAAAUUUGACAUAUCUAGACCUGUCUGAAUGUGCAUCAGCUGGUUCCAUAUGGGCACUAACAGGAUUAAAACACUUAAAAUCACUAAUACUGCACAGUGUCCACUGGUUAAAAGACAUUGUGAUAGAUUGGAUAGCAAGUUUAACUACAUUGGAACACUUGGACAUAUCACAAUCAAAUGACAGGCAUGGCAAAUAUUUGUAUCCCAAUGAUGUGUUAUCCAAACUAGUUACAAGUUUGCCUUUGUUGGAGUCCUUGGAUAUUUCUGGCACCAAUUUAGCAGGAUCUGGUGCAGCUGCAGUUGGCACAGCUAAAGACAGUGCUGGCAAGUGUGAUGUUCAAGAGCGGUGUGAUAUACCUGGACUAGUAAGUCGUGUAAACAGGCCAUUAGAGUUUCUUGGUCUAUAUGGAACUCAUCAUGGGGCUUGCAAGAGACAUGAUAUACCAGCUAAAGUGAUAUCGGGAGAUGCAAAUGAGGAGCAGAUUCUGACUGCAGCUACAGCUUACAUGGACAGGCCAGCAAUGCUGGCUCGUGUUCUCAAUGAUCUCUACUAUUUGUUCCGUUAUGAGAUCAAUGCAUAUGUUGGCCGGGCUCUUAAUGUUGUCCUGUGUGCCAUGGACACACAUGUCUUAGAGAAACAUAUCCAAAUAUCUGGAAGUGCCACCCUUUUCUACAUAGUGAAGGGCAAAGAAAAGAACCGCAUUGGAAUCAAAUUGAAAAGGCGAAUUAUCACUGCACUGCUUGAUGGCAUGGAGGCACAUCUUGGAGAUGAUACUAUGAUGAGAAAUGGCUGCCUUACAUUAUGCCAAUUCAAGAUACCUACGGAUGUGCUGUUUGAAUAUGAACGCGUCGUUCAGAUCCUGCUGAAUGGGGUAGCCGAUGUACAUUUGGAGGGUUUCGUGCAGCGUAUUGCCAUCUAUUUGCUGAACUCGCUCGCCUGCCAGGUCGACGGCAAACAAAAACGCUUCCUGGGAAAUAAUGGAGCUAUUGGAAAAAUGUUGAAUCUGAUCUCCGACCGCCUUGAGCGGCGUGUCUGCGACGACGUGCUGGAGGUGGCAUGGUCCACCAUGUGGAACGUCACCGACGAGACCCCGCAAAACUGUCAGAGAUUCCUGGACAACUUCGGGAUGAAGUUCUUCCUCUCCUGUCUAGAGAAAUUCCCGGACAAGGAGGAGUUACUGCGCAACAUGAUGGGCCUGCUCGGGAACGUUGCCGAAGUAGCGGCGCUUCGCCCCCAACUCAUGGACAAAGUGUUCCUCGGCGUCUUCAACGAACUGCUGGAUUCCUCCAGUGAUGGCAUUGAGGUGAGCUACAACGCGGCCGGAGUCCUGGUCCACAUGGCGUCCGACGGGCCCGAAGCUUGGACCGUGGACGAGCCCUCUCGCGACACUGUGCUGGCCCGCGUGGCCGCGGCCGUACAGCGCUGGGACCUCAGGGCGGAGCGGAACAUCAACUAUCGUUCAUUCGAGCCGAUGCUGAGUCUGCUACACGCGCAUCAUACGCCGCAGUGCCAGCAUUGGGCCGUCUGGGCACUGGCUAACCUGACAACCGUCUACCCCGAGAAAUACUGCAACCUGGUUGACGCCGAGGGCGGUCUGAAGCUGCUCAAAGAGCUGAUAGCACACCCGGCGCCCUACAAGAUGGUCAAGGACCUCGCUCAGGUGGUCAUUGUAAACUGCUCUAUCUACGUCAACCAUGACGCCAACCCCCCGAACACUUUGUUCCUAGACAACUAACUAACGGAGUUCUUUGAGGAAAUUUUUCCUCAGGUGGAGUAGGCGGCCGUAAUUUGCUUAAAUACUAUCUUAUUACUAAAAGCUUCACUUAAAUCAAAAUAAUAUUUUGCAAUUUCAUGGCGUUUACUGCGCUUGCAUUGAAAAGCUAUCAAAUAAAUAUCAAAAUUGAAAUGCAAUGUGUAAAGAGUGAGUACAACCAGUAACCACCAGAGUAAUACCACAUGUCUUAUGUUAUUUCGGAUUUCAUGAAAUACUUUACUUGUAGCUUCAAAGCCCUGGUUCAAGGCCCCUACUUCAAUGGACUUUUGACAUCUUAUUUGAGAAAACUCAGUGUCUGUUUUAGUACCAGUUAUAAGUGAGUGAUUUAUACCAGUCGUUAGUGUUUGGACUUUGAUAUGUGCUUUCUACGACACGAACGUAUGUGCAAUGAUUUAGAUUGGACGAGCUUACAUUUGCGAUGUCAUUAUAUGUAAUAAAUAUAUACGGAUGUUACCUCUAAACAAUAAACUAUCAAUUUUAUGUAGAUGGCAUGUUUAUAAUCAGAUAGUGUCAUAACUAUAAUCUUUAUGUACAUUAGAUGGAACACGGAUAUAUUCAAUAGACCUGAUAAGUGUGAUCAUGUAUCAUUUAUUAGUUUCUUUAAUAUAUUAAUUAAUUUUCAGCAGAUUUUAAUAAUAAUCAAACUAGUUUUGCCUCGCUGUAACACGUUUAUUUUCAUGUUGCAGCACACAGUAUUUAUAUAGAAAUGAUUACAUUAAUUGUAUAACUUAUAGAGUAUAUGAGUAAGUAGUAAUUUGUAGCAGCCCCAAAAUUUGUGAGGGUUUAAACUUUAGUCAUAUACGAACUCUUGCCGUGGCGGCUGCUAGCCCUUUAAGGGCAUUGAAUACAGCCACAAUUAAUGUUAACUGUAGUAUUUAUUUAUUAUUAAAAUAUAUAUAUAGUAUAUAGUAAUAUACUAUGCCUGUUAUACUUAGGUGUAGUCGCUGUUGUAACUAGAAAAAUGUCGGACCUAUUUACAUUGACAUCUGCGAUCUUUUGCUAAGAAUUCUAUCCACCAUGAAUGCCAAACAUAAUACUUUUUAAAUUCAUAUGUUUUAUGCUAUAUCCAGCUGCCUUCCAUUUACUUAAGCCUGUUAACUAAGGAGCCUCGGAGCCGUUUUUAAAAUAAAUUGAACUGAAUACUUCAUAACUUCGACAAAAAGAAAAUUACCCAUUCAAAAUGAUAUACCUAUAACGAUACCAUACCUGUAGCUUUUAUAUCAAUACAAAUCCCUCCUUGCAAAUAAAAUAAAGGCGUUAUUUCAGUUAUUAUUCGUUCUUUCGCAUGUUUAUUUAAGUGUAUCGCUUUUGGUCAAAAAUAAAUGAUCAUGACGAAAUGCUUAAAUGUUUUAAGUAUUGUAAUAAUUAUUGGAUGAACGCUAGUACCUAGAGGCUUGAAAGGCUUGAAAAGGUGCGCAAAAGUUUUUCUUAAAAAGGUAUAAUCUUAUGUAGGAAAUUGCGCUUGCUUAAGUACAUAAAUAAUUAAGCUGGUGAAAGAAACUGAAGCAUCUAGCGGAACUUCCGUAACUUUCACGGAAAUUUUCUUUUUACAACUUGAAUAUAAAUUAUCAUAUUCAUAAAACUUGUCGGAUUAAUAUCUAUUGAAUCUUGUCUCAUAUUAUUUGAAACAAAUUGUAUUGGUUCAGAAAUGUGUCAUCUACAUUCAAGUGGUGCGAUUCCAUUUGGUUUUGUAUGCCGAAUGGAAUGGGGUAUAAAGUAUGUCCCUACUCGAUGUGUAAAUAUUAAUUUAUUUACGGCUCGUAGGCGCGACAAUCACUGCGCCCAUUACUCAUUUUAAAUAUAUUAAGAUAAUAUUAAGAUAAUGAGAUAUAUUUUUAGUAAUAUACUAAAGUUAAAUUAUUGUAAAUAUACAAUUUUCAAAGAGAUAUGCAAAAAAGUAUUGCAGUCUUUAACUUAGGUGAACUAAUUAUAUGUUCAAUCUUCUAAAUGUUAAUUUGAUGUGUAGGGAAUUAUAUUCAGAUUUUUUCUUGGUAACUAUUAUUAUAUGAAUAAAAAUUGUAAAAACAAGGUAUUGCUCAUUACAUUGUUCUACAAUAUAUAUCUAUGUGUAUCGUGCUACUGGUCUAGCAUUGAUUGCAGGUAUAUUUGUACGGAAUCUAAUUAGUCGACAAGGGAAGGUUUGGUUUGAUCGGAAGGAUAUAGCCAAAUGUACGUCUUUAUCAUAACCAUAGUUUAUAAAAAGCUUUUUAACUUGUUUUCAUGGUCGUAUUUAGUAUUUAAAACAUAGUAUUUAUUAAUUGAAUGUCAAGAUAAAUGUUAAUUUAGAUAUAAUUUCCAAGUUACGUAUGUGACAAAUUUCUAUGACAUGAUCCGUCUCUGUCCGUCCGUCGAAUGAUAAAGAUAGUACCCUGCCUGAUUGUUUCGCGAACACAGCAGGGCUUCACCGACGUAGGAAUAUGUACACUGUGAUGACGUCAUAGCGCCGUAACUUGGGAUUAUGCUCUUACUACGUACAGAAUAUUAAACACAUAAAUGAAUGUUAGUGUUGCUUUCUAUGUUACUAGAUUUAGUAAUAGAGAUAAGCUUAAGUUCAGGCUAAAUGUCAAUUGUAUACAAUUAUACAUCUCUUAUCAAUGAUAAUUCAUUAUAGAUUCAAUCUCAAUGUUUUGUGUCCAUGAUAUAUUAUGAUAUUGAUAUUGUUCCGUGCAUUCAGAGCAUGCUGUGUCUCUGUUCUCUCGACUUGCCUCUACGGUUAAUAUUAUUUACAAUAUAUUCGUCCGAAAUAGUGAUCCACCUCCACUAAACUUUUGCAUACGGUGAAAUUGGUGGUGUAUUUCUUAAUACAGUGUUUUUGUUAUUAAUAACCCAUCUCUAUACAAAAAUAAAUGUUGAUAUGUUGAUUCUAGAUUACUAUGACUAUCUUAUAAAGAUAACGUGUUUGGAAAUUAAUAUGUUAUCAAUAAAUAAAUACUUACUAAAGUA